AUGUCCCUGUGGGUUGAUAAACAUCGCCCAAAGACUUUAAAGUCUCUAAACCAUUCAGAUGAUUUAACUCAUUUCUUAUUAUCGUUAUCUCAACAACCAAAAGAUUUGCCUCAUUUACUACUUUAUGGACCAAACGGUUCUGGGAAGAAAACCAGAUGUAUGUCAUUAUUAGCUGCACUCUUUGGCCAAGGUGUCUAUAGAUUAAAAAUUGAUGUAAGACAAUUUGUUACACCUUCCAAUAGAAAACUUGAACUAAACGUUGUUAGUUCUCCAUACCACUUAGAAAUAACGCCAAGUGAUAUGGGUAACAAUGAUAGAAUCGUUAUACAAGAAUUGUUAAAGGAAGUUGCCCAAAUGGAACAAGUUGAUUUUCAAGAUUCAAAGGAGGGACUUGCUCAUAGAUAUAAAUGUGUUGUCAUUAAUGAAGCUGAUUCAUUAACUAGAGAUGCACAAGCUGCAUUGAGACGUACUAUGGAAAAAUACUCUAAAAAUAUUAGAUUAAUCAUGGUUUGUGAUUCUAUGUCUUCCAUUAUUGCACCAAUCAAGUCCCGUUGUCUCUUGGUACGUUGUCCAGCACCUACCAAUUCAGAUAUUGUUAGGAUAUUAAGUGAAGUGGCCACCGAGGAGAAAGUCGAAUUAGAAUCGGGAAUGAUCUUAAGCAACAUUGCAAAAGAAUCUGAUGGUAAUUUAAGAGUCGCUUUGUUGAUGUUAGAAUCGAUGGCAUUGAGCAGUGAAAUGAAUUUAAAGAACAACACUAGUUUGAUAAAGCCAGAUUGGAAAGUUGUUAUUAUUAAAACAGCUAAUAAAAUUCAAAGAGAAAGAUCAGUGGGAUCUCUUGUGGAAUGUCGUACAGUAUUAUAUGACCUGUUAUCACAUUGCAUUCCUGCGAAAGUUAUAUUACAAGAAUUAAUGAAUUCAUUAUUAGCAAGCACAACUUUAAAUGAUACUGUCAAGAUUAAUAUCGUGGAAGCAUCCAGCACAUUUGAUGAAAGACUUUCCUUAGGUAACAAAGCUAUAUAUCAUUUAGAAGGGUUUGUAGCGAAAGUUAUGUGUAUCAUUGACGGACAAUGA